AUGAAAGAAAGGAAAGCAGAAAGGAUUCUGAGCACUGUGUUUAGAGAUUGGUCAUCCAUGACCAAUUACGAGCAUAGUGGAGGAGGUAGAAUUUGGUUACUUUGGAGAGACACGGUUCGCAUGACUCCGGUCUACAAGUCUGACCAGCUUAUCACUUGUUCGGUGGCGCUGCAGAAUGAAGAAGAUUUUAUAUGUUCGUUUGUUUAUGCAAGUAACCAGGCAGAUGAAAGGAAAGGGUUGUGGGAGGAUCUAUGUAACCAUCAUGAUUCUCCAUAUUUUCAAGGCAAAGCUUGGAUAAUUAUGAGGGAUUUUAACGAGAUUCUCGAUGGUAGAGAACACUCGGGAGUAGACAGUUUGGUGAGAUGGCCAUCGGGUAUGGGAGAUUUUCAAAAGAUGGUACUGCUGGACAGGGUGCUAAUGAAUGACGUGGCUUUGCAUAGAUUCAACAAUGCAUACUCCAAGUUUGAUCCGGGGGGUUGCUAUGAUCAUAUGCGGUGUAAGAUUCAACUAUUGCCAGACUCAGAGAAGAUCAGACGGCCUUUCAAAUAUGUCAAUGCCAUAGGAAAGCUCCCAAACUUUUUGCCCAUGGUAAAGGAGUACUGGGAGUCUACUGAGAAAUUGUUUCUUUCUACCUCUGCCAUGUACCGCUUCUCGAAGAAACUAAAGAAUCUGAAGCCGUUGAUACAAGAGAUAGGAAGAGAGAAGUUAGAAAACUUAACUGUUAGAGAAAAGGAGGCUCACAACAUUCUUUGUGAAAAGCAGAGGAACACAGUAGCUAAUCCCACCAUGAGUGCAAUCCAGGAGAAAGUUGUAGCUUACGAUAAGUGGCUACAUGUAGCAGAAUUGGAGGAAAAUUUUCUGAAACAGAGAUCAAAGCUACACUGGUUGGAUGUGGGCGACCAAAAUAAUAAGACUUUCCACAACUCGAUCAGAACUAGACAAGCGCAGAACACCAUGAGAGAGAUCAGAUGUCGGGAUGGAAGCACUGCUACCUCACAUAUGGCGAUCAAGACAGAGGCAGAGAGCUUCUUCUCAAAGGUCCUCAACCUGGUCCCAACAAACUUUAUAGGCGUUUCAGUAGAGGAACUGAGGGAUCUUCUGGAUUUUGAAUGCACCACUGGAGAUUGUAGUCAGUUGCAAGCGGAAGACUUCACCAUUGCUGUUCAGUCAGUGUUUCAACUGGGCUUUCUCCCGAAAGGUAUUAACUCGACCAUUCUUGCUCUCAUUCCCAAGAAGGCUGUUGCACAAGAAAUGAUGGACUACAGGCCCAUUGCGUGUUGCAAUGUCCUUUACAAAGUGGUGUCAAAAAUCAUAGCCAACAGACUGAAGGUCAUUCUACCAAGGAUUAUUGCUGAAAACCAAUCUGCAUUUGUGAAAGGUAGACUGCUAAUGGAAAACGUUUUGCUGGCAUCAGAGGUCGUGAAGGACUAUCACAAAGAUUCGAUCUCUCCACGCUGUGCAAUGAAAAUUGAUAUUUCAAAGGCGUUUGAUUCAGUGGAGUGGUCGUUUCUGCUGAAUUGUCUACUUGCUAUGGGAUUCCCGGAGAGAUUCAUACACUGGAUCAGGUUAUGUAUCACCACACCCUCUUAUUCAGUACAAGUUAAUGGAGAAUUAGCUGGCUAUUUCCAGAGUACUAGAGGUCUGAGACAGGGGUGUUACCUUUCGCCGUAUCUCUUUGUGAUAUGUAAGAACGUUCUAUCGUAUAAAAUAGAUCAAUCUACGAGGGAGAAGAGAUUCAGAUUGCAUCCCCGGUGUCAAUCCUUGGCUCUCACGCAUCUUUGUUUUGCUGAUGACUUGAUGGUUUUUGUGGAGGGUUCAAAAGAGUCAAUUGAAGGUGCUCUGGCUGUUUUGAGGAUUUUGCAGUUUGGUCGGGGCUCUCCAUAA